AUGGUCUUCAUUAGCAGGUCCAAGAUGAGUGUCCUACUGUUGCCUCCAAUGUGGCAGCUUUACCUGCUGGAUACUUGCAUCUCUACCUUCCAGAACUGGCCCUUUAUGGAGGAUUGCACCUGCACACCAGAGCGGUUGGCUGAAGCUGGGUUCAUCCAUUGCCCAAGUGAGAACGAGCCUGAUUUAGCUCAGUACUUUUUCUGUUUCAAAGAACUAGAGGGCUGGGAACCAGAAGAUGAUUCCAUGUUGGAACAUAAAAAGCACUCAUCUAGUGACUUCAUUGGCAUUAAGAAGAAGAUUGAAGAUUUAAUACUCAAUGAAUUCCUGAAACUGGACAAAGAAAGAGCCAAAAACAAGACUGAAAAGGAAACCUCCCAGAAAAAUAACUGA